AACGCCACUUAAGUCAACGUGACGCCUAAGCAAAACCCAACUCAACAAAAGGGUGGAUAAAUGGUGCUAAGCCUAAAUCUAACGUCACGCCCAAGUAUGAAAGGUUGGACCAUGUGUACUUGCAUUUCACUUGUCUUUGCUUCACCGUUACAAAUUGAUAUAUAGUCGUUUCCGUAUGAUAGAUAUUAAGCCAAGUCAUAUCUACUCAUCUUAUUCUCGAAUUCUUCUCAAGAUCCAAAACUCUACUCCCUUGCUUUCAAAUCUUCAAUGGAUUCCGCCCCUCAGGUCCUGCAAGAACAAUCCAGGAAUGCAGUCUCCAUUGACACCAUUGAAUCUUCAAUUCAGUCUCUCCAGAAAAGCUGGCUUAGAAGGAAAAGAUGGAAGCAGAAGGAUCAACAAGAAAAUGCCAGGACAAGAGCUGCAUGGAGAACCCACUUGUUCAAAUUUCUGGAAUCAAUGCCAAUUCGUGUUCUUGCUAUCUCGCUUCUUCUGUUUGAUCUCGUCAUUUCUAUAAUUGACCUCUCUUCUUCUCUCGUCUCCUGCACCUCCAAAGAGACCAAGGCAGAAAAUGAACUGUAUCACUGGGGAGGAAUUGCCAUCUUGAGCGUUUUAUUGGCCAAGACAUUGGCUCUGGUGCUGGCACUAGGUAGAUCGUUCUUCCGGCACCCGGGUCACGUCGUCGAUGGCUUUGUUGUAAUAGGAGCCUUGCUUUUGGAAGCAUUUCUGAAAGGCAAAGGAGCAGGGUUGAUUGUGGUGGUGAGCCUGUGGCGCGUGGUCAAGGUGGUGGAGAGUGCCUUAGAGCUCAGCGAUGAGGCCAUUGAGGCACAGAUUGAGGAGAUAGUGAGUCAAUUCCAGGUGCUCCGUGAUGAAAACCGACGUCUCCAGGAAACCAUUUCUGGCAAGGACAAAAGGAUAGAAGAGUUGGAAGARGCCCUCGAACGGUGCAGGGAUCAAUGUAGGUUAGACAGGCUUACACCAACUAAAGUGUAAAAGUACACUUGGAUAUGGUUCGAAGUAGUUGUGUAAGAUUUUAUGUAAAUGAAUGUCCAAAACAUUUAUUUAUUUAUUUAUUUGCCAUUGACGAGCUCAC